GCCACCUGAUCUCACUGGCAGGAAGUUCCAUUUCUAAGCCAGAUGUGAUUACGUUACUAGAGCAAGAGAAAGAGCCCUGGAUUGUUGUAAGUAAAGAAACAAGCAGACGGUAUCCAGGUAAGUGAGAGUAAAGCAGGCGGGGGGAAGCCAUCAUUGUCCCGGACAGCCAUGUGCUCAGAGAGGAGUCACACCCCUGAGAUGUGGUUUGGAAAACUUUCUUCAAUGACCCAAGGUCCCCCAUUGGACAAAAAUGCCCAAGACCUGGGAAGGAAAUAAGAUCACUCUAGGAGCUAUCCCCAAGGAACUUCAUCAUUUACUAAUCACCUAAUUUCUGUUAUUUUCUUCCUUUUUUAAUGAAGUGAGUUUCCUCUUUCUUUCCCAGCGUAAACUUUAAACGUCUUAAAAAUUAUUUUUUAAGAGACAGCAUCUUGCUAUGUUGCCCCGGCUGAUCUUGAACUCUUGGCCUCAAGUCGUCUUCCUGCCUCAACCUCCUAAGUAGCUAAAAUUAUAGGCAUGAGCCAAUGCUUCUGGCCCCCAGUGUAAACUCUCCUGGCCCCCAGUGUAAACUCUCCUGGCCCCCAGUGUAAACUUUUAACACGUAUUUUGGAUCCAGCUACUUUCCAACUCUGCUUUUGCAUUUAGAUUUCUACAUGUGUUUUCACUAAGAAAUGUAUUCACGUUCAGUAAAUAUGUAUUGAGUGCACAUUCCUAGAAGGCCUGUGCUUGGCUCUGUCAAUACUGUAAUGUACAGGUAAUGAACAAGACUGAGAAAGUCACUGCUGUCAUGGACUUUACCAGCAGUUGGUGAGACAUGCCUCAAACAAGUAAGCAAAUGAAUAGAUAAGGAAUACCAGAUAAUCAUGUUAUAGAGACAAGGAAAUAGGAGUGAUGGGGUGAGAAUGGCAGCACUUGGGUGCUUAGGGUACCUGUCUGGAAGUGGGCAUGCUUGCGUAGAGAUGUGAAGUAAGGGUUCAAGUCGUGUGUCCGGGUGAGAGUAAUCUAGUCAGACUGAGCAGGAAACACAAAGGUGGAGUAAGUAAUGGAACGGCGGGAAGAGAGAUCAGAGUUAGGUUGGAGUCGUAUCAUACAGGGUUUUGACUGUCAUUGUGAGGAAUGUGGGAAGUUCUUCAAGAGUUAUUUAUUCAUUUUUAAUUGAUACCCAAUAUUUGUACAUAUUUAUGGAAUACAUGUUAUGUUUUUUUCCAUGCAUAGAAUGUGUAAUGAGCAAGUGUCAGGGUAUUUGAGGUAUCCAUCAGAUCCACCAGAGGAGUGUUUAUCAUUUCUUUCUGAUAGGAACAUUUCAAGUCUUCUAGCUAUUUUGAAAUAUACAAUACAUUGUUGUUAAUUAGAGUCACUCUACUCUGCUUAUGAACAUUAGAAGUCAUUCCUCAUAUUUAACUGUAUGUUUGUAACAUUAACCAACUCCUCUUCCUCCCCCACCCCUCACCCACACACCCUUCCUAACCUCUGGUUUCUAUCAUUCUAUUCUCUACUUCUGUGAGAUCUUUUUUUAGCCUCCAGAUAUGAAUGAGAACAUAUGAUAUUUGUCUUUCUUUUUUUUGAGUUGGAGUCUCAUUUUUGUCGCCUAGGCUGGAGUGCAGUGGUGCAAUCUUGGCUCACUGCAACCUCUGCCUCCUGGGUUCAAACAAUUCUCCUGCCUCAGCCUCUCGAGUAACUGGGAUUACAGUUGCCUGCCACCACGCCUGGCUAAUUUUUGUAUUUUUAAUAGAGAUGGGGUUUCACCACGCUGGCCAGGCUGGUCUCAAAUUCCUGACCUCAGGUGAUUCACCCACCUCGGCCUCCCAAAGUGCUGGGAUUACAGGCGUGAGCCACUGCGCCCAGUCUGAUAUUUGUCUUUCUGACCUCUGAUUCCCUCCAUGUUGCUGCAAAUGACAUGAUUUCAUUUUUUAAAUGCCUGAAUAGUAUUCCAUUGUGUAUAUAUCACAUUUUCUUUAUCUGUUUGUCUGUUGGGGGACACUUAGGUUGAUUCCAUACCUUUGGUAUUUUCAAUAAUGCUACAAUAAUCAUACAAGUGCAGGUAUCAUUUUGAUAUACUGAUUUCUCUUCCUUUGGAUUAAUACCCAGUAGUGGGAUUGUUGGAUCAUAUGGUAGUUCUAUUUUCAGGUUUUUGAGAAAUCUGCAUGCUGUUUUCCAUAGUGAUUAUACUAAUUUGUAUCCCACCAACAGUAUAUAAGAGUUCCUUUAUUCAGCCAGGUGCAGUGGCUCAUGCUUGUAAUCCCAGCAUUUUGGGAGGCUGAGGCAGGCGGAUCAUGAGGUCAGGAGAUCGAGACCACGGUGAAACCCCGUCUCUACUAAAAAUACAAAAAAUUAGCUGGGCGUGGUGGCAGGUGCCUGUAGUCCCAGCUACUCGGAGAGGCUGAGGCAGGAGAAUGGUGUGAACCCGGGAGGCGGAGCUUGCAGUGAGCCGAGAUUGCGCCACUGCACUCCAGCCUGGGCACAGAGCGAGACUCCAUCUCAAGAAAAAAAAAAAAAAAAAAGAGUUCCUUUUUUCCCUUAUCCUCUCAGGUAUGUUUAAACUCAAUGUUUCUUUGUUAAUUUUCUCUCUAGAUGAUCUAAUUCUGAGAGUGGCACAUUGACGUCCCCAAUGAUUAUUGUACUGCAGUAUCUCUCUCCCUUUUGCUCUAAUAAUAUUUGCCUUAUAUAUCUGGGUGUUCUGGUGUUGGUAUUGUAUGUUUAGAAUUGUUAUAUCCUCUUGCUGAAUGGAUCCCUUUAUCAUUAUAUGAUGACCUUCUUUGUCUCUUUUUGCUGUUUUUUACUUAAAAUCUGUUUUUUUCUGAAUAAAUGUAGCUAUUUCUACUCACUUUUGGUUUCCAUUUGUAUGGAAUAUCUUUUCCUGUUCUUUUAGUUUCAAUCCAUAUGUGUCUUUACCAGUGAGAAGACUUUCUUGUAGGCAGCUUAUAAUUGGAUCAUGUUUUUUCAUCCAUUCAGCUCGUCUGUAUCUUUUAAAUGAAGUUUAAUCCAUUGACAUUCAAUGUGAUUACUGAUAUGUGAGGGCUGAUUCUUAUCAUUUUAUUAAUUGAUUUCUAGUUGUUUUGUAUAUAUUUUGUUCCUUUCUCUUUUAUUUUUUAUCAUUGUAGUUUGGUUGUUUUCUUUAGGGCUAACAUUUGAGUCCUUUGUCCUUAUUUGUAUGUUUGCUGUGUCAGUAGGUUUUAUACUUUUGUGUGUUUUCACAAUGGUAGAUAUUUUCCUUUCACUUCUAGGUGUAGGACUCUUGAACAUAUCUUGUAGGGUUGGUCCAGUGGUGAUGAAUUCCAUCACCUUUUGCUGUCUGGGAAAGACUAUUUCUUUUUCAUUUUUGUAGAAUACUUUGCUGAGGAUAGUGUCCUUGACUGGUGAUUUUUUUCUUUCAACACUGAAUGUAUAAUCUCAUUCUCUCUCAUUUCUCUCUGUUGAGAAAUCUGCUGUUAGGCUGAUGAGAGUUUCCUUGUAAGUGACUAGAUGCUUUUCUCUUGCUGUUUUUAGUAUUCUCUUUUGUCUUUGACUUUUAUAUUUUGACCAUAAUAUGCCAUGGAGAAUACCUUUUUGUAUUUUAUCUAUUUGGGUAUCUCUGAGCUUCCUGUAUCAAGAUGUCUGCAUCUCUUACUAGAGUUGGAAAGUUUCCUGCUAUUAUUUCAUUAAAUAGAUUUUCUAUCCUUUAUGUUUUCUCUUUGUCUCUAGGACCUCGAAAAUUCAAAUAUUUUGUUGUUUUAUGAUGUCCCAUAUGUCACGGAGGCUUUAUUCAUUCAUUCAGAUGUUCUCAGGAAAACAUUUAUCCUAAGGCUUAAAAGAUGAGUUGGGGGGGUGGAGCCAAGAUGGCCAAAUAGGAACAGCUCCGGUCUACAGCUCCCAGCAUGAGCGACGCAGAAGACGGGUGAUUUCUGCACUUCCAUCUGAGAUUUGGAGUCAAAAUAUGGACCUGAGAAAAUAUCUCCACAAAAUGAUAUUUUUGAAAUAAAUUUACCCAAACAUGUUAUAAAGCAAAUAAGUAAAACUCUUGGCCUCGAGGCCUUUUAUUUUAGAAAUGACUCAGAAUAUAGAAGUAGAUUUGAGGGACUACAGGGAUAUCAAGAAGGAUAUAUCAACCAGAAGAUCGUCAGCUAUGAAGAAAUGCCUGCUUAUACUCGUGCUUCUCUUAUUCAUAAUACACAUCAACCACAUGAAUGUAAGGAAUGUGGGAAAUACUUUAGUCGUGGUUCAAAUCUUAUUCAGCAUCUGAGUAUUCAUACUGGAGAGAAACCCUAUAAAUGCAAAGAAUGUGGGAAAGCCUUUCACCUUCACAUACAACUUACUCGACAUCAGAAAUUUCAUACUGGUGAGAAAACUUUUGAAUGUAAGGAAUGUGGAAAAGCCUUUAAUCUUCCCACCCAGCUUAAUCGCCAUAAGAACAUUCACACAGGUGAGAAACUGUUUGAAUGUAAGGAAUGUGGGAAGUCUUUUAAUCGUAGCUCAAACCUUACUCAGCAUCAAAGUAUUCAUGCUGGUGUAAAACCAUAUCAAUGUAAGGAGUGUGGGAAAGCCUUUAAUCGUGGUUCAAAUCUUAUUCAACAUCAAAAAAUUCAUUCCAAUGAGAAACCCUUUGUAUGUAGGGAAUGUGAGAUGGCCUUUCGAUAUCAUUACCAACUCGUUGAACAUUGCCGAAUUCAUACUGGCCAGAAACCCUUUGAAUGUAAAGAAUGCAGAAAGGCCUUUACUCUUCUGACAAAGCUUGUUCAACAUCAGAAGAUUCAUAUGGGUGAGAAGCCCUUUGAAUGUAGGGAAUGCGGGAAGGCCUUUAGUCUUCUCAAUCAGCUUAAUCGCCAUAAGAACAUUCACACAGGUGAAAAACCAUUUGAAUGUAAAGAAUGUGGGAAGUCCUUUAAUCGUAGUUCAAACCUUAUUCAACACCAGAGUAUUCAUGCUGGUGUAAAACCAUAUAAAUGUAAGGAGUGUGGGAAAGGCUUUAAUCGUGGCGCAAAUCUUAUUCAGCAUCAAAAAAUUCAUUCCAAUGAGAAACCCUUUGUAUGUAGGGAAUGUGAGAUGGCCUUUCGAUAUCAUUACCAACUUAUUCAACAUUCCCAAAUUCAUACUGGUGAGAAACCCUUUGAAUGUAAAGAAUGUGGAAAGGCCUUUAGUCUUCUGACACAGCUUGCUCGACAUAAGAACAUUCAUACUGGUGAGAAACCAUUUGAAUGUAAAGACUGUGGGAAGGCCUUCAAUCGUGGCUCAAACCUUGUUCAACAUCAGAGUAUUCAUACUGGUGAGAAGCCCUAUGAAUGUAAGGAGUGUGGGAAGGCUUUUAGACUUCACCUACAACUUUCUCAACAUGAGAAAACUCAUACAGGUGAGAAAUCCUUUGAAUGUAAGGAAUGUGGGAAAUUCUUUCGUCGUGGUUCAAAUCUUAAUCAACAUCAAAGUAUUCAUACCGGAAAGAAACCCUUUGAAUGUAAGGAAUGUGGGAAAGCUUUUCGACUUCAUAUGCACCUUAUUCGACAUCAGAAAUUUCAUACUGGUGAGAAGCCCUUUGAAUGUAAGGAAUGUGGCAAGGCCUUCAGUCUUCACACCCAGCUUAAUCGCCAUAAGAACAUUCACACAGGUGAGAAGCCAUUUGAAUGUAAAGAAUGUGGGAAGUCUUUUAAUCGUGUCUCGAACCUUGUUCAACAUCAGAGUAUUCAUGCUGGUGUAAAACCAUAUGAAUGUAAGGAGUGUGGGAAAGGCUUUAGUCGUGGUUCAAACCUUAUUCAGCAUCAGAAAAUUCAUUCCAGUGAGAAACCCUUUGUAUGUAAGGAGUGUAGGAAGACCUUUAGAUAUCAUUACCAGCUUACUGAACAUUACCAAAUUCAUACUGGUGAGAAACCCUUUGAAUGUAAAGAAUGCGGAAAGGCCUUUAGUCUUCUGAUACAGCUUGCUCAACAUCAGAUCAUUCAUACUGGUGAGAAGCCAUUUAAAUGUAAGGAGUGUGGGAAGGCCUUUAAUUGUGGCUCAAACCUUGUUCAACCUCAGAGUAUUCAUACUGGUGAGAAACCCUAUGAAUGUAAGGAGUGUGGGAAGGCUUUUAGACUUCACCUACAACUUUCUCUGCAUCAAAAACUUGUACAGGUGAGAAACCGUUUGGAUAUAAGAAAUGUGGGACAGCCUUCAGACAUCAGUAGCAACUUAUUGAACAUCAGAAAAUUCAUACUUGGGUGAAAACCUUUGAAGGUAAGGAACGUGGGAAGGCCUUUCAAUAUCAUUACCAAUUUCGUGGACAUUAUAGAUUUCAUAUUUGUGAAAACCCUUAUAAAUGUCAAGGAUGUGGGAAAUGCUUUACCAGUGGUAGAAACCUUAGAGUACAUCAGAGAAUUCAUACUGGUGAGAAACCAUAUCAAUGUGAAGAAUGUGGGAAAGCCUUCAGUCAUAGUUCAAACCUGUUAAACAUGUUAAAAUUCAUACUGAUGAGAAGCCCUAUGAAUGUAAGGAAUGUGAAAAGGCCUUUAGAAGUAAUUAUGAACUUAUUGUACAUCUGAGAAUCCAUACUGCUGAGAAACCCUGUGAGUGUAAAGAAUGUGGAAAACUUUUGGAUUUAGCUUAGUCUUUACUGCACAUCAAAGAAUUCAUACUGGUAUGAACCGUAUGAAUGUAAAGAAUGUGGAAAGGCCUUUACUUAUAGCUCGAGCCUUGUUCAACAUGUUAAAAUUCAUACUGGUGAGCAACCCUGUGAAUAUAAAGGAUGUGGGAAAACCUUUAGACUUAGUUCAGUCCUUUCUGCACAUCACAAAAUUCAUACUGGCAUGAAACCCUAUGAAUGUAAAGAAUGUGAGCAAACCCUUACUGUGAUUGAUCUGCUUACUCAACAUCAGAAAAUUCAUUAUAGUUAGAAGUUUUAUGAAUAUAAGGAGUGUAGACAAGCCUUCACUGUGUAUGAAAAAUUUACUCAACACCAGAGAAUUCAUAUUGAUGAGAAAUCCUGUGAACAUAAAAGAAUGUGUGAAGAACUUUCAUCGUGGCCUGGGAUUUGCUCAACAUCAGAGUAUUCAUACUGCUGAGAACUCCUUUGAGUGUAAGGAAUGUGGGAUGUUUUAUAGCCACACUAAAUGCCUUAGAGUUCAGAGAAGAUAAUUUUGGUGAGAAAGUUAUUGAUGUGAGGAAUGCAGAGUAGCUGCCAUGUUCCCAGUUUACUACCCAUGAAAUAUUUCACUGGAUACAGGCAUACCUCGCUUAAUUGUGCAUUGCAGUUACUGCAUUUUAUACACAUUGAAGGUUUGCAGCAACCUUGCAGUGAAUAAGUCUAUGAGCACCAUUUUCCAAACAGCAUGUGCACAUUUCACGUCUUUGUGUCACACUUUGCUAGUUUUCAUAAUAUUUCAAACUUUUUCAUUGUUAAAUCUGUUAUGGUGAUCUGUGACCAGUGUUUUUUGAUGUUACUAGUGUAAUUGUUUGGGGAUACCACAAAUCCUGCUCAUAAAAGAUGGUGAACCUA